AUGCUUAAAUUAUCGAGAGCCUUAAGCUCAGUGGUAUCUGGCACACGCAAUUCGCCUAGUUUUAAGACAUAUUUGAGAUUAAAGGAUGGCAAAAUCGGGUCGUUUUUCCAUGAUGUCCCAUUGGGCCUAGACAAACAAAAGCGUAUCGCUAAUAUGGUGGUGGAGAUCCCAAGAUGGGUCAAUGCUAAAUACGAAAUCUCCAAGGACUUCAAGGCUAAUCCUAUCGUUCAGGACACUAAAAAAGGCAAGCUAAGAUACCUUAACAAUAUUUAUCCGAAUCAUGGAGUACCACACAACUACGGUGCCUUUCCGCAAACUUGGGAGUCUCCGCUGGAGUCAUCGUCGCUGGUGAAUCAAAAUAUCUUAGGAGACAACGAUCCACUGGAUGUCAUUGAUAUCGGCCGUUUUGUAUCUUCCACGGGGACGGUCAAGCCAGUAAAGAUUCUGGGCUCGCUCGCCUUGGUUGACGACGGCGAGUUGGACUGGAAAGUGGUUGUCAUCGAUACAAACGACCCGUUCGCUGCCGAGUUGAACGACAUUAAAGACGUGUAUGAGAAAAUGCCAGGAGUCUUGGAGAACUUGAAAAGAUGGUUUGAGGUAUACAAGAUCCCAACAGGCAAGGAGCCAAAUUCCUUCCUGUUUGAUGGCAAUUACAAGGAUACGGAAUUCACCCUUAAAGUUGUGCAAGAGUGCCACGAAAACUGGUACAAGCUGGUCAUGGGUGAGCUUCAUGGGGACAAUCUACCAUCAACAGAGAACGCUACAUUGCCGCAUACCAAAGGUAACACUGUGUUUGAUGUCGAAAUUGAAGUUUCGCAGAAAGCAGAACAAGUGCCACCAGAAGUCAAUGACAUGAGCUUCAUCAAGUAG